GUAACUACUGACUGUCUUUAUGUAGAUAUCAGAAGAAGACGACGAAGAAAUGACAAAUUUUAUCAACGAUCUUCAAUCUCUUAUUGAGCCCGGCUCUAGCGUAAUAAGAUUAAUAGGAGAAGAAUUCUUUUGGUUAAAAAAGACAGCUGAUCAGAUCGAUUAUUUUGCAUAUCCUGGUUCAUUAACUACGGAGCCUUACGCUGAAAGUGUCACGUGGAUUGCAUUCACAAUACCAUUUAAAAUAUCGAGAAAACAAUUGGCCAAAUUCCGAAAUUUGCGUUCUCAUGAUAGUGGUGUAUUAAUAAAUAAAAAUGAUAGAGAAUUACAAGAAUUUAAUAAUCGGCCUAUUGUUUAUGUUUGAAUUGAAGUAUUAUUAUAUAAUUAAAAUAUUAUUAUGUUUAUAAAGAUAAUUAAUUUAAUGAAAAUUAUGUAAAUGCAGAGUAUAUAUUCAAUUUACAAUGUAAUAAAAUGUUAAAAAUAGACAUAUUGUGUAACUACAAAUUGGAGGGUUGAAGUUUGUUAAAUUCCAUUGCAAUUUGUACAGUUUAAACCAAGUAUUUUUAUUUCUAGGAAUUUAUAAUUGAUUGUGUUGCGUAUAUGAACUAUUGUGAUC